GGAUCUGGAGGAAGGAAAGUCAGGCGGACAUAAGCACGCACGCACCACAGGGAGAUCAGAACCUCCAGCUGGUUCUCUGCUGCCACAGCUCCACUGAAGGCAGGGGAGGAAGAGGAGGCAGCCUUGUGGGCCCUUGACCCUGAGCUGACAGAAGAGGCUGGUGUGUGCAGGCACAUCACCUGGAUCAUGAAGGCCUCCCUCUGCUGGCUCCUCCCACUUCUCAUCCUGGCCUCUGAGGCCCAAGAUCAGCCAACAAAACGACCGAGAACCAAGCCCAAGCAGCCCAGGCCACCCCGGCCUGGCCGGCCCCUCCGGCCCACACCCAGCUUCCCUCGGCCUCAGCCCCGGGAGCCUGCAGAGCCCACAGACCUGCCCCCGCCCCUGCCCCCGGGCCCCCCGUCUCUCUUCCCUGACUGUCCUCGUGAAUGCUACUGCCCCUAUGACUUCCCGUCGGCCCUCUACUGCGACAGCCGCAACCUCCGCAAGGUGCCGGUCAUCCCCUCCCGCAUCCACUACCUCUACCUGCAGAACAACUUCAUCUCCGAGCUGCCGCUGGAGGCCUUCAAGAACGCCUCAGGCCUGCGGUGGAUCAACCUGGACAACAACCGCAUCCGCAAGGUGGACCAGAAAGUGCUGGAGCGGCUGCCCAGCCUGGUGUUCCUCUACAUGGAGAAGAACCAGCUGGAGGAGGUGCCAGUCGCGUUGCCGCGGAGCCUGGAGCAGCUGCGGCUGAGCCAGAACCUCAUCUCCAAGAUCCCUCCCGGCGCCUUCAGCAAGCUGGAGAAGCUGCUGCUGCUCGACCUGCAGAGCAACCGGCUCCGUGAUGAUGUGCUGCGGCCCGACACCUUCCAGGGCCUCAAGAGCCUCAUGCAGCUCAACCUGGCCCACAACACGCUGCGGAAGAUGCCCCCCAAGGUGCCCCCCGCCAUCCACCAGCUCUACCUGGACAGCAACCGCAUCGAGACCAUCCCCAGCGGCUACUUCAAGGCCUUCCCCAACCUGGCCUUCAUCCGCCUCAACUACAACCGCCUGUCUGACCGUGGGCUGCCCAGGAACUGCUUCAACAUUUCCAACCUGCUGGUGCUGCACCUGGCCCACAACCAGAUCAGCAGCGUGCCUGCCAUCUCCAGCCGGCUCGAGCACCUGUACCUCAACAACAACAGCAUCGAGAAGAUCAACGGGACCCAGAUUUGCCCUAACAACCUGGUGGCUUUCCAUGACUUUUCCUCGGACCUGGAGAAUGUGCCCCACCUCCGCUACCUGCGGCUGGAUGGGAAUCACCUGAAGCCGCCCAUCCCGCUGGACCUCAUGAUGUGCUUCCGCCUGCUGCAGUCCGUGGUCAUCUAGGACUCCCUCUGCCCAGCUCUUCUCUGGCACCUCUCUCUAGCUCCCUCUCUCUGCCUUUCCUAGUCCAUCUUCCUGAGGCAAGGACUAGCCACCCACUCUGCUGCACCACCAGCCUCUGGAAUAAGAGCUCCAUGCCUUGCUUUGGUUUUCACCCAGCCCAGAGACCUCCUAGCUACCCAAUUCCUGGCCCUCAGUGCACCAUUGUGUGUCUAAAAAUUCCACACACACACCUCCUGCCCCGUCAGUCCUGGGUAAGUUGGGGCCACACAUGGACUAACACGUGGAGUGUGAUCCUGGCAGAAGCAAGCAGGAGAGGAGCAAGGAGGCCUGGAGGUCAGGUUUGGAAAGUCCUGCUGGAGGCUCCCUCUCCUUUGGCCAAAGUGUCUGAGCAAUUCAGACCACCCUUAGCCAAGGAUCCCAAUCUUCCAAAACUGCUGCUCCACGCUGGACGUGGCGCUGGCUCUCUGCCAGCCUCUGUUCUCCAGAAAGAAGUACAAGAAAAUGGGCCAAGGGGGUGGAGGAUCAGGGUUCUUGAAAGGGCCUGCAUCUGGGUGUGUCUUCACGGGAGUGAGCUGGAGCCUGCAACCCACACGCCCAGCCUGGCUCUGGGGCGAUCCUGAUUAGGCCUCUCUGUUCCCCGAGUGAGAACUGGGAGGGACAGUCACAUGAAGUAUGACUCUGAGAACCAGGCACCAGCCAGCGGGUAGGACUCACAGCCUGGUGUGGGUUCCGUGGGUGCAGAGGGCUCAGCACCCCUCCAUCCCUGGUCACCCUGGACCAGAGGCCCAAUGCCCUGGGGAACAGAGUGUCCAACGUGGAGGGUUGGGGCCACCGCCCCAUCCCGCCAUCUGUGUUCUAUCAGUAGGGACAGGCUGAGCCUCUCCACUCCGCCCCACCCCCAUCCCCCACUGAAGAAUUUGGGCGGAGCCUCUGGAAAUCUCCCAGUAGCCGCUUCUGCAUGUGCACAGUGACCAUCCCUACUGGGACAGACACACCAGCGACACCUGGUGGCUGGUGAGGGUCACAGCUGGCCUCCCCCACUUACUCCAGGCCCCUCUCUGGGGUGGUUUUCCCAGGCCUCAAGAUGGGCGCUGACCCCCAUAUGGCUGAUAACAGUCUGAACCUUGUUUCUCUUAGGUCUGGACUUGUGGGUCCCUUCUGCUGUCAUCUCCCACAUAUGGAAACUGAAGUCCCUCCAAACCCCCAGGUUCUGGUCAGCCGUUCCUGCUGCAGGGCAAGUCCUAAAUAUUAUUAUAUCCCCUGUGAGGCCUGUUCUAGUCCUUAAAGCCCCUGGCCUGGGACCCCCAGGACAGACUCCUCUCCCCCUUAUACUUCCUCUGAAGGCGGGGGGCAUUUGUGGGUAUUCCAGAAAUAAGUAACUACAAGGCCACCCUCAGGUCAGAUUGAGAAAUGUUCCCAGGGUUUUUAAGAAACUAGACUAAGCUAGGUCCUUUCAGAGAUGGCCAGUGUACCUGCUCAAGCCUUUCUUCUGCCCACACACGGGAAGCAUGGCUCUGUCCUGUACGAGCUUCCUUCCCCCGCAUCCUCUGUCACUGUCUCACUCUUCCUGGCUGCAGCUGGUUUUUCCAAGGCUCCUGCUUAAAGUCAGUCUAUUACUGUGGCUGCGAGCAACCUGGUGCUAUGGCCUGGAUAAGCCCCCUUCUGCGCCUGGUUCAUACCUCGCAACCUCAGCCUCUCUGCUCUGAGGAGCACAGUCCCCUUGGCUCCCCAGGCAGGAGGGGCCAUCCCCUGCUCCUGCAAAAACCCGGACUGUCUUGUGUCAGAAACAACAUAGUUACCAUUAGCCCACUGCCCCAUACAUUGCUCCCUGCAGCUAUGAACCAGAGAAGAUUAGGGUUCAUCUCACUUUACAGUACCCCCACCCCAAUGUGCUGAUUGUCCCUCCUGCGUUAGGGGGAGCUGCUCCUCCAGACACAGGCUCACCCUCUGUGCUAUUGGUGUCGCCAUAGACAGGUGUGUGUGUAAGUGUGUGCGUACACAGCACAUACAUCCAUUCUUCCUGGAAGACUGUGCUCACUUUUGUGAAAUGCCUUUUACACCCCAACAUGCUUCACAACAGAGGAAAUAAAGGAAUAUACAAAAGA